AUGUCGCAGGGACAGGCGUUCUUCGUCCCAGACAAUCUCCUCGAACCUAACGACCUACCUAGCAGUCCUCCUUCCAUCCCUCGACACUCCUUCCCCACGCAAUCAGGCUGGCGUACUGGCCUUGCCCACCCCCAUGGCUAUAUAACAACACCUGAAAGCUCGGAAACGACAAGGAUCCCACCACCUCCUCAUUAUCCUACAGAACCAGCUACUUCUUCAGCGCUGGUAAAUCCUCAAGAUGAACUUGGGCCAUUCGUGAUUGGGUGGGGGAUGCCGGCGACAGCACAUCCAAAUAGCUACCAGCAGCCAUCACAGACCUUCGGAUAUGGGCCAGGUGGUCCUCGAAGUUUUCAAGAGACGGUACCUACCAUUCAGGAGGCAGCUGCGACCCCACCUUUGCGUUGUGAGAAGUUGAGACAAGCCCUACCGUCUCCGAAUACAUCUAUCCCCACACUCGCCGACAGAAACACGCUGUCUCCAAAUAGCGCUAUGGACUAUUCACGCUCCCAACGAAAGAGAAGGCAAAAAGGGACGCAUAGACAAAGCGAUGCGGAACCAGAAUUCAGUUCCCCUUCUUCAGCCUCCUCUCCUACUCCUGCAGUGCCUCCUAAACUUCAUGCAUAUACUAUAGCUGCCUGCGCAAUAUGGAUCACGAAGAAUCUUGGUUCAGAACCAUCAAAUGGGACUAUAUCUUGCUUGAGUCAUGCAUUCGAUGAGCCAGUCGUUGCACUUCGCCAAUGGUUCACGCAAUAUCAAAAUAGUUUUCGUCACGAGGAGACACGUAUCCUGAGCGAUUCGAUACAAGAGACGCCCGAUGAUGCUACUGCUGCUGCGUGCGACCUUUGGAGACUUAAGCGUCAACAGGCCAGACCUUCAAAGGAAACAAUCUGCCUUCUAAGUCUAGUUUUCCAUACGGCAGAGAAGGUCUUGAGUAACUGGUUCACGCGCAAUGAGAUGACAUUCCAGGCAUAUGAAGAUAGUGGCUACAUUAGUAUGACAUAUACCGAUGAAGAGGUUUCUUCCAAAUAUGGGGGCAACCGUAAUGUUUGUGGCUCUCGGAAACGCAAGCUCAACGUCGAAUUAGAUCGAGACGAAAAAAAGCCAUAUGCAUGUACGUCUCGUUGUGGCGCUACUUUUAAGAAGAAGGACGCAUGGAAGCGUCAUGAGGAAAUCAAUUGGCCCGCUAAGGUAUGGGUCUGUGGGUUACAAGGCUGUCAGCACAAGAUGGAGGGAAACCGUGCCUAUUACCGCAAGGAUCAUUUCAAAGGGCAUGUCUCCAAAGAGCACGCCGAUAUGGAACUUUCUGAAAAAGAGAUCGCCGCCUCCAGUAGCCCAAUCAAGUCCAACUUCAACCCCACCUGUAUCUUUCGCAACUGCCCAAUCACCUUUCGAGACUGGAAUGAGCGCAUCAAUCACAUCGCGGAUCACUUUCAAAACCCGUGGAAUAUGUCCCAAUGGCGAGAGCCCGACAGUGAGGAUGAUGCCGAUGAGCAGUCGGCAGGUGUGAGCGACGGAAGUUCUUCGUCCGAUAGUUCAGAUGAGGACAGUGGUAGUGAUUACGACGGAUCGGCUGAGACGGGAGGAGCUGACUCUCCAGAUCCUAGCGCUAGAGAUGGCCCACAGUCAGGUGGUUACGAUCCCGGAUAUGGCAACUCGUCGUCCCAGCCACCGCAUUAUGGUGACGCAUCCGGCGGAGGUACCUAUGGCAGCAGCGUCGGAUUCUUUUAUGCUGGAAGCCCACCUCAUUCUCAGUUUGAUCUCGCCACCUGGAGCCGAGAGCACCAAGAAGAAUGGGUCGAGAAAUGCAUUUGCACACUGUCAAUCGGCGCACUCUUGAAGCUUUUAGCACCAUGGUCUCCUCAGAUCGAUUCGCUGGGUCAUCUUGGGUAUGGUAGAAUGACCGUCAUCGACGAGGUCCGUAUAAGAGGCUAUCAGUGGACAAUGGCACGAAAGACCAUACAGAUGAGUUCUUCAAAAUGCCAGAAGGCUUCGCGGGAGGUAGCGAACAUGAUCAAGCUGAGCCAUCCUCACGUCGUUCGUGUCAUCACGACAUACAGUGACGCGAGCUCUUUGAGUAUUUUGAUGCAGCCUGUGGCCGAUUACAACCUUUCUCAAUUCCUCCACACAUGUUCUUCGACGUCAUCGGCUGAACACGACGCAAGCUUGUGGACAUGGUGCAGCUGCCUUGCUGUGGGUCUUCAGUACAUGCACGAGGAGAUAGGUAUUCGCCACCGGGACAUAAAGCCCAGUAACAUCCUAGUCAGGGACAAAGUGGUCUUUUAUGCUGACUUCGGAUCGUCCAACGCCAUAGCAGACGACGAAUCUAUUGCAGACACAGGUGACUUUACCGAGCUGUACGCCGCACCCGAAGUCCGGCAAGGCGAACGUGGAAGGGCAUCCGACAUCUUUUCCUUAGGUUGUGUCUUUCUAGAAGUGGCAACAGUCCUGAUACAGCGUUCUCUUGGGGAGCUGCGAGACUUGCAACAUACAUACAUCAAUCGUAGUACUCAAAGUCUACACUGGGCUACGGCAUGGGUGAGUCACCUACGGAGGUCUGUGUCACUAUCGCCAGCAUCAGACAAGAUCAAACUUAUACUGGAUGUCUGCGACAGUAUGAUGCAUUCUCGGCCGAGCGAAAGACCCUCAGCGUCCGACAUUGUCACACAGAUUACGGAGGAACCAUGCUGCAAAUACGACCAUCGUCGACCCAACGUAAGCCACAAAUCACAAACAUGGCCUCCGUAUAGCCCACCAACACCAGUGAAGAGUGAGCGGCCUAAACCAAGGGAGAAUAUGAACGGGCUGCAAAGCAACAAAGCCAGCAAUCCCUCAGGAUCAAGGACCUGCAACACCACAUCAGAGCCGCCCCGAGCUUCACCAACGAAGAUAAAACCAUACAAGAAGCCAAUUCCACCAUCUACACAACCUCAACAUCACGCAAGCCUAUAUAAAUACCAGCCCAGACUGCAAGGCUUCUUGCAUUACACAGACAAGUAUCAAGAAUUCCUCGGAUCAGGUCGCUCCACGAUUGGGAGAAAGGCCGCCACACGAAACCUCAGCAAAGGCAUCAGUCUCGGCGCUGCACCCGGAUUUUUGGAUCUCCUUGGGGGUUUAGACGGUCUGUAG